AUGAAGCAACCGACGUGGCUUGUCGCGAUCGGCGUCAUAUUCGGCGAGUCGAGCCUCGCAGCCGCCUGCUUCUGCGUCGACUACAUUGCCUACCGCAUAGGCAGCAUCUGGCUCGUCCUCGCGGGCAUGCUCAUUGUCCGCGCCGGCCGCUUCGUCUUCCCCAUUGCCUUCCUGCUGGAUUACCUGCUCAACGUGCGCGGGGUUACGACGUAUGUUUUCACCAUUGUCGUCUUGCUCGUCGCCAACGCCCAUCCGCUCGUGUUCAACGACCUCAAUAUGCCUAUUCGCGAGCAGUGGUAUCGUCAAAAGAAGCGUCAGCAGCGCGCGUUACCGCUUUUCCUUUCCGUUUCAGGAGUACUUCAUGAUUUUGAGGGAACCAAAAUCCUGAUUCAGAGUCUGUGGAGAAUCAUCGCCUGGUUCAUACCUUCCCUAGGGUUCAUGUCCAUCUUGUCCUGGUGCUUGAAAGCCGUGGGCACUUAUUUCUUUCUCACGUCCCUCCGCUCCGAGCUUGGCCGCCCACUCUUUAACCUGGGCGCGAGGCUCGUUAUGCACGUGCUUCGGGCCGUUGGCGAGGUCACGUACGGUGCCUGGCAGUUUGUAGCCCAGACAAGUCUGAUGCGUAGAGCGUGGUCUUGGAGAGGGGAGAAGCUGGUUGAUGUCUUGCGUGGAGAAGGGGGCGCCGAGUAUCGCCACGCGCCGUUGGAAGGCCCGUGGGAUAUUCGCCUGAUUCGACUUCUUCCCCGUGGUAACUCGGACGUGGACCAUUUUCAUAAACGGGCUUCCCUUCACGACGACGGAAAACGCCUACGCGCUGCUGCACGACAGGAGCCCCAUCUGGACCCCCGAUUAAUCUGGAUCGAUUCUCUCUGCAUUGACCAGGACAACGUCACGGAAAAGAGCGAGCAGGUCCAGCUGAUGUGGUACAUCUACCACGACGCCGGCAGGGUCACGAGCUGGCUCGGCAACAACCCAAACGCCGACCUGGCCGUAGAUCUUCUCCUCGAACUCUCCUACCUCAUAGAGACAGAGCAACCCUCCGACGACCAGCUCUACAAACGGUACCAGCAUGAGCGGAGAUCACCCCGCUUCCUCGCCCUCACAGACCUGUUCGCCAACCGCUACUUCACGCGCAUCUGGAUGGUGCAGGAAACAGCCGUCAACAAGAACCUGCACGUCGUCUACGGCGGCCACGUCCUGCAGUGGGAAACCCUCCUGCGCGUCAUCAGCACCGCUUUCCUGUCAUCCAACUUUGGCACUUUGCUCGAGGACACCGCCGUCCGCGGCCAGAAGCGCUACUCGCUACUCAACGGCAUGCACGUCAUGGUCUUCUCCACCAUCCGCGCCGCCACGCGCGCCGGCAACCCCGCGGAGAUGCACUCGCUCCUCCGCAGCUGCUGGACGAUGAACGCGACGGAUCCCCGCGACAAGGUGUACGCCCUCACGGGGAUCGCCAAGAACGGAAAAGAUUCUGCGUGGCUGCGGCCUGACUACGCCACGCCGACCGCCGACGUGUACCACUAUGCCGCUUUGCACCUCGCGUCGCAGCCUCGCGGCCUUUUGUUUUUGCUCUCCUGCGCGGGGACCGGCUGGCCCCGUAACUUGCCCAAUCUCCCGUCUUGGGUGCCCGACUGGUCCACGGUGGGCCGCUCCGUCAUCGAGACCGUCAUCGAGGCUGAAGAUGACCGAUGCAUCUAUGUAGCAUCAGGUCCGCUGCCCAACAUGGUUUCCGUCGAGAACCGGGAGAUGCAGCUUUCCGCUAUCCGAUUCGACACCGUGAUUUGGCUCAGCAGCGUCCUCGUGCGCCCGGAAACGGACGAAAACACGUUGGAGCUGAACGGCGGAAUAGGGCGGGUCGUCAAAUGGUACAACGAGGUGGAGCAGAGGACCCGCGCGGUCCUCGGCCAAGAUGGAAAAACGCCGUACCCGAGCGGCCAGCCCUGGGAGGAGGUGAUGUGGCGCACGCUCAUCAUGGACCUACCCGUCGAGGGCCGCGAACGCUUGCAUCGCCCGGCGCCGGCGAGCUACGCGCAGCAUUACCGCGAUUUUAUCGAUGAAAUUGUCGAUCUGGAUACGCCGCGCUACCGGCCACUGGCGGGCGAGGCCGCUACCAUGGCCCGGCUCCACAGUGCCUCGACCUACAUCACGACGAUGCGGUAUCACUGCAACUCCCGGCGUGUCGGCUUCACCGAGAGCGGGUUGAUGGUCGUGUGCCAGGCCUUGGCAGACACAUUCCCCGAUGAAAUCUCCACGUCGACCCUGAGGAGCUCCGUGUAUGAAAAGUCAAACACGCGUGUAUGGUCGGCAUCAACGAUCCUCUCCCCAGCCUGCGUGUUUCAACCAACCACCGUAAAGAAUCUCGCCGCAGCCGUGGCUCAACUGGCCAACGACAGCUGCGAGUUUGCCAUCAAGUCGGGAGGGUACAACCCCAUCGCCGGCGCGGCCAACAUUGACGCAGGCGUCGCCAUCGAUCUGAACCUCCUCAAUCAAGUCGAAUUGCGAACGGAUGGCGGAGGAGUCAUUAGCCUCGGAGCCGGCGCCCUCUGGCGCGACGUCUACGACAAGUUCGAAAACGAAGGCAUCGGGUUCGCCGGAUCUCAGGUCGGGUUCAUCGGCGUGAGCGGCCUCGUGCUUGGGGGCGGCUACUCCUAUUUCCAGGCGAGCGCGGGCUGGGCUGCCGAUACCGUCGUCAACUUUGAGGUCGUUCUCGCGUCGGGCGAGAUCGUCAACGCGAAUCAGGCGGCCAACAGCGAUCUUUUCAAAGCCCUCAAGGGUGGCGGCGGCAAUUUUGGUAUCGUAACCAAGGUAUUCCUGCAGACGUGGGAGCAGGGCACCCUCUGGGCCGGCAUCAAGUGGCUCUCCAUCCAACCCGAGGACGCCGGCCCUCUGCUUCUUGGCCGGCUACGAAACUUUACCGUCCAGAACAACGAUAACACCCGAGUCACGGCAUCUGUCGAGAUCAAUCUCUCCUCGGGGGCGCCACCGACCGCUAGAAUCGACUUUGUAAACAUUGAUGGUGUGGAGGACGCUAUCCAACUGGAGAGUUUUGCCAACCUCGAGCACGUGUCUGCUACGGCGCCAGCUCAAAGAACAUUGGCCCGAACCGUGCGGGUGUUCGGCGAUGGAUUGACUCACGGAGCUAGGCACGCAUCCGCUACCUACGACGACGCUGUAUGGGAUAUUGUGGAAGAAUGGACGACUGAGGUGUCCAAGGCCACGGACGAACUGGGCAUGGCAGACCCUUUCGUGCAUCUCAACUUUGCUGGGCGCUUUCAGAAGCCCUUCUGUGGCUAUGGAGCCGACAACCUUGAGUUUUUAAGAGAGGUUGCCGGAAAAUAUGACCCAGAUCAGGUUUUUCAGGAGUUGGUCCCGGGUGGCUUCAAACUCAACGUAGAAUGCUGA